AUGACUGACACAACGCAGCAGCAGGAGGAGCGCAUUGCUGCGCAGCGGACGCGCAUUCAAAACAAACUGCACGCGCACGACGGCCAAAAUGAGUUCAACGCCGGAUUACCGAACGGCGCGGCUCCGCGCUCGGAAGCCGAGAAGAAAGCGUUGGACGCUCGCUAUGAAAUGUGGGCUUUGCGCCACGCGAACAUCGCCGCAGCCACCAGCAUCCGUGUUGCCGCCGAGGUGACGGAGUCUCAACGUCGUCAGCACGCACAGGACGUGCAGCAGGAACUCGGACAGCUUCAAGAAAGCAGCGGCGCCGACGCGCAACACGGCGCGCUGAACUUACAUUUCGAGGCGCUCUACCGCCUUGGCGUCCCUCACGAACUCCACGCUGCCCUCGAGGAGCAGCGCAAGGAAUGCGAGGCGCUCAUUAGCGUGAAGGAGAAGUUCAUCUCGGAGCUGCGUGGGCAGCUGCACCGGCGAGAGGAGGAGUAUGUUGCUCUGCUCCAGAAGAACAAAGAGGAGGUCAGCCGACUCGUCGAUACGAUGCGCGCUAGCACGGAUGACUACCUGCAGCAGUACACAGCGAAGCUGCAGGACGUUGAGAAGACAUACGAGGCAGAGCGCAAGGCAUACUUAGAUCGGUGUGCUGAGGAGGUGAAGGAGCUCGUCAAGACGCGGCGCACAAAGGAGAUGGAGUACCGCAAACAGCGCGAGCAGAAGCUAGCAGAGGCGCAGCAGAAACUCGACGUUCGAUACGAGUCGGGCUACGAGGAUUUCAACGAUGUGAAGCGCACACACCAGUCAGACGUGCACGCGUUGCGCGAGGAGCUAGAGAAAUCGAAGGCCGACUACCUUCUCAACGGCGAGCGCCUCACGUACAACUUGCAGGUGCUGCGGGAGCGCGUGAAGGAGAACCGCAUCGCACAGGCGCAGUACAAGAAGAAGAUCGCGCGACUGCAGGAAACGCUCGCGACGCUGCUCGCGCGCUACCAGGACGCGGAGAAGCGGUUUCAGCGCACGAACAACGAUCUAACGAAGCAGCUGCACCGGUUGAACCAGCAGUACACCGACACCCAAGGCAAGUUUGCGACAUUCGAGAAGAAGGAUAAAACCAAGUACCUGCAGCUGUGGAAGCUCCACCACGACAAGUGCCAAGCUCUUGCGCAGGAGUGCCUACAGGCGGAUCGUGUCGUGUAUGAGGAGCUCCUGCAGAUGCCAUGGCAACCGCCAGCGCUGCAUUACUGGCCUCGCGAGGAGAUGGGGGUGGAGGCGCAGAAGGACGAGCUGGACGAGCGCCCCGAAGAGCCGCGGGAGGUGGAGAUGUCAGAGGCGGCGCAGAUGCUGUUCAGCAUCCUCAAGUCGCAGGCGCCAUUCCUAGUGGACAACAACGUGCGGGAGGCAAUCCGGUCUAUCCAAGGCACGACGCAGGAGCAGGCAGAUGUGGAGGGCAUUCUGACAACGUUGGGACUCAACCGCACCAGCGACGUGGAGGACAUGUUGGAGUAUUUUCUAGUGGAAAAUGAGGAUGAGACGGUGGCCCUCAUCAACCCGCAGGAAGCACUCAAGGCGCUGCAUGCCUACCUUAGCCACCGCGCUGCGGUGGAGGAGAAGGCGAUGGCGACGAGAGCUGAAACAGCGAAGCACAAAAACUCCAACGAGACGCGGACUGCCGAAAAGCGGCGUGCGGCAGAGAGGGAGUACUGGCGCAACAUGGCCGAGACGGUGCCAAAGGACCACCUGCAAGUCUGGGAGGCACUAGAAGACGGCCUUAGUCAGUACCUGGCGCAGCUGCAGCAGCGAAAGCAGCUCAUCAGCGACACCGACACGAUGCGAGCACAGAACAAGGAGCUCAAAGACCUGAUUCGUCAGUACAUGAACAGCUCCAUCAACUAUGAGCUCUACGCCCCACCCCGUCUUCUCACGCAGGGCAUGUCCUAUUCCUCACCGAAACCCUGA